AUGUUCAAUAUCUAUCUAUCUAUCUAUCUAUCUAUCUAUCUAUCUAUCUAUCUAUCUAUCUAUCUAUCUAUCUAUCAUUAUCUAUCUAUCUGUUCAAUAUCUAUCUAUCUAUCUAUCUAUCUAUCUAUCUAUCUAUCUAUCUAUCUAUCUAUGUCAUCAAUACUUUCAAAUUCCCAUUCAGCAAUUCAGAUUUCACAAUAUAUUAUCAUGCUCUCUCUCUCUCACUCCCCACAAUUAUUUGAUCUAUCAUCUAUCUUGACUAUAGCUUCUGAUUUCCGUAUAUAUUGUCCACAUAUAGAAAAAAAUUCUAUCUAUCUAUCUAUAUCUAUCUAUCUAUCUUUUGGAGUUUUACAGAUAAACUUUAUGCGGCUUCUUUCUUGGUUUGAAAAAAAUUACUUUCUCUCUCCACCACCCCUCAUCUGCAUUUCCCCUCUAUUUCUCCAAAUCCCCCUCUUCAUUCUCUCUCUCUCACUUCCACAGUGA